AUGGUAUUGCGACUUAAAGAGUUAGAAGGAGACUUGCAAGGGUUGAGUGGAUUCAACGCUCCCAAGCUUGAGCUGGAACAAUAUGUGACCUCUGCCCAUCUGGCCUCACGGAUGAUGUUUACGGCCCAAUCAACAUACGAAGAUAUUCUGGACAAGAGAGUGCUUGAUUUAGGAUGUGGAUGUGGGAUUCUUUCGAUCGCUUCGAACCUCCUUGGCUCUGCUUAUACUUUGGGCAUCGAUCUCGAUCCCGACGCUCUCCAAGUUGCCCGGAGCAAUCUCGCUUCAAUCGACAUCUCAGACCCUACAAUCGACUUUUUACAGGCCGAUUUGAGUAGCCCUUCGUUUCGCAAACUCUUCGAAACUCGCAAUGCCCAUCACCCAGAGCCUUUCUUUGAUACGGUCGUGAUGAACCCGCCGUUUGGCACCAAAAACAAAGGGAUCGAUAUCGUCUUUUUGGAGAUAGCCUGCCAAAUGUCGAAAUUCGCUGUUUACUCACUCCACAAGACAAGCACGCGCAAAUUUGUUCAGAAAAAGGCCAAUGAAUACGGGUUUGAUGCUGAAGUCGUAGCCGAAAUGAGGUACGACCUGCCAAAAACAAUGAAGAUUCACAAGCAAAAAACUUUAGACAUUGCAGUGGAUUUUUGGAGAUUCCAAAGGAUUUAA